GCUUUCCCCAAAACACGUGACUCCUCUCUGCCCGACCGCCGCCGCGCCGCCAUCAUGGACACGAGCCGUGUGCAGCCCAUCAAGCUGGCCAGGGUCACCAAGGUGCUGGGCAGGACCGGCUCGCAGGGACAGUGCACACAGGUGCGCGUGGAAUUCAUGGACGACACGAGCCGCUCCAUCAUCCGCAACGUGAAAGGUCCCGUGCGCGAGGGCGACGUGCUCACCCUGUUGGAGUCAGAGCGAGAGGCUCGGAGGCUGCGCUGAACUUGGGGCUGGGUCCUGGAUGUGUGGUUUGACUACUUGGCCCAUGGGGAUGAUCUGCGACUGUUAAUAAAGAGCUUAUGUUGU